UGAACACGCGUAAGCUUGAGCGUCAUCACUUGCGAGCCGUCUCGUUACACUCGGGCGGUGAACGCGCCUUUAACCCCGAAAAGACGUCUCCCCUGUGCUCCCCGACUACGGUCUGGGAGCCAAAGAGCAGAAAAGAUGCGGAGUCCCCAGGAUACAGAUCAACCUCCUCAAAUUUGCUUCGUACUAAAUCCACAGUGCAGGAUGAGUGCUUAUAUAAAGUGUCGUGCUCUAGGCCUGAACAAGCCAGAGGAAUAAGUGUAAUGCCGGUCAAAUGAGGCGUUUUGCUGCCAUUUCGCCCACAGCUGUUAAACAUUAAAUGCCCAGAACAUAUCUGAAUAAUGCGAUGCGUCGUUGUGACCCUGACCUGCGUCUUCCUGGCCCUCAGCCCUCCUGGAGAAGGCUGUCGUUCUGGGGAGUAUGAGCCCGCUCCUGGGAUGUGCUGCCCACUGUGCGAUAAAGGGAGUGUUGUGCUGCGAGACUGCACCGACGAGUCGAGUACCAACUGCAGGCCGUGUGAGAGUGGCACCUACAUGGACGCAGACAACGGACGCAGCCAGUGUAUGAGCUGUCGACCCUGUAUCGCAGAACAAGGUCUGGGGACACAACGGGAGUGCUCCAGAGUGCGGGACUCAGCAUGCAGCGUAUUGGAUGGCUUCUACUGCCAAGCGUCCAAUCAGGAGUCAGGCUGCUCCCUGGCUGAGAUGCACACUCGGUGCACAGCUGGCCAGACGGCGGCGGAGCCUGAACUCCCAACGUGUUCUCGUAGGAACCAGGACCACGGACACGGUCUGCGAGGAUUGCGAGACCGGGUUUUACUCUCCAGAUGGAACAAACUGUACAGCAUGGAACAUAGACCUCGUCAUCCCGUCAUCCCGUCAUCCCGUCACCGCUCACAGAUGGAGGACUACCACAAACCCGACCAGCAGACGGUGCAGGCGCUCGCCAACAUCGCCACCCGGCUGCGGAUCAACUCCAUCAAGGCGACCACAGCGGCGGGAAGCGGUCACCCCACGUCAUGCAGCAGUGUGGCGGAGAUCAUGUCGGUGCUGUUCUUCAACACCAUGAAGUACCGCCCUGAAGACCCCAAGAACAUCCACAACGACCGCUUCGUGCUGUCCAAGGGUCACGCCGCCCCCAUCCUGUACGCGGUGUGGGCGGAGACGGGGUACCUGAAGGAGAGCGAGCUCCUGAACCUGAGGAAGGUGGACUCCAUCCUGGAGGGACACCCCGUGCCGAAGCAGCAGUUUGUGGACGUUGCAACAGGAUCUCUGGGUCAGGGGCUCGGAGCGGCUUGUGGAAUGGCCUACACUGGGAAGUACUUCGACAAGGCCAGCUACCGUGUGUUCUGCCUGCUGGGCGACGGGGAGAUGUCCGAGGGCUCCGUGUGGGAGGCCAUGUCCUUCGCCUCGUACUACCAGCUGGACAACCUGGUGGCCGUCCUGGACAUCAACCGGCUGGGCCAGAGCGACCCCACGCCCCUGCAGCACCACACGGAGAAGUACCAGCGCCGCUGCGAGGCCUUCGGGUGGCAGGCGGUGGUUGUCGACGGUCACAGCGUGGAGGAGCUCUGCAAGGUGCUGAACCAGCCGCGCCACCAGCCCCUCGCCAUCAUCGCCAAGACCAUCAAGGGAAAGGGCAUCUCCGUGGCGGAGGAUAAGCUGGGCUGGCACGGGAAGCCCCUCCCCCGGGAGGUGGCGGACGGCGUGCUGAAGGAGCUGCAGAGCCGCAUCGUGAGCUGCAGCAAGCGGCUCUACCCCGCGGCGCCCUGCGAGGACGCCCCCGCCGUCAGCCUGCGCAACGUCCGCAUGCCCAGCGCACCCAGCUACAAGCUGGGGGAGAAGGUCGCGACCAGGAAGGCGUACGGGAUGGCGCUGGCCAAGCUGGGCCGCUACAACCAGCACGUCAUCGCUCUGGACGGGGACACCAAGAACUCCACCUUCGCCGAGCUCUUCAAGAACGAGCACCCCGACCGCUACGUCGAGUGCUACAUCGCCGAGCAGAACAUGGUCAGCGUUGCCGUGGGCUGCGCCGCCCGUGACCGCAGCGUGGUGUUCGCCUCUACCUUCGCCACCUUCUUCACGCGGGCGUACGACCAGCUGCGCAUGGCGGCCAUCUCCGAGAGCAACGUCAACCUGUGUGGCUCGCACUGCGGCGUCUCCAUCGGAGAGGACGGGCCCUCCCAGAUGGGUCUGGAGGACCUGGCCAUGUUCAGAGCCAUCCCCACGGCAACGGUGUUCUACCCUAGCGACGCCGUGUCCACGGAGAAGGCCAUGGAGCUCGCUGCCAACACAAAGGGCCUCUGUUACAUCCGGACCAGCCGCCCCGAGAACAGCGUCAUCUACAACAGCAGCGAGGACUUCCACGUCGGACAGGCCAAGGUCGUCAACAAGACCAACGAUGACCACGUGACUGUGAUCGGAGCGGGAGUGACCCUUCAUGAGGCAAUGGCCGCCGCAGAGCAACUGAAGAAAGAGAGGAUCAACGUCCGUGUGAUCGACCCGUUCACCAUCAAGCCCCUGGACUCCAAGACCAUCAUCGACAACGCCAAGGCCACGCGAGGCCGCAUCAUCACCGUGGAGGACCACUACUACGAAGGGGGCCUCGGCGAGGCGGUGUGCGCGGCGGUGGUCAACGAGACGGGCUUCAGCGUGCACCGCAUGGCCGUGGCCCAGGUGCCGCGCAGCGGGAAGCCCCAGGAGCUGCUGCGGCUCUUCGGCAUCGACCGCGACGCCAUCGCCCAGGCCGUCCGGAAGGUUCUCAGCACCUCCGCCAACAACAAGUAGAGGAGGAGGAGGAGGAGGAGGAGGAGGAGGAGGAGGAGGAGGAGGAGGAGGAGGAGGAGGUGGUGAUGAAGACGGGCGAACGAAAACAGCGGAAGCCCGAUGGCGAGACAGCGUGAUUGGGUAACGGACGCCUCGGUUACCGGCUGCCGUGGUUACCGGCUGCCGUGGUAACCGGCUGCCAUGGUGACGAUAAAUGUGAUAAAUGGAGCCCAAAAAGAAACAAACAAACCAACAGAAAGGGAGGGGGUUACUUCUGCCCCCCCCCGCCCCUCAAAAUGAAAACGAGCCAGUUUUGUUAAACUAUCACGAUGUUGUUGUUGUUGUCCCCCCCCCCUGUUCUGUUCCCUCCAAUUCCCACUCCCCCCUCUUCCCCCUCCCCAAUGUAGCCCCCCCCCCCCCCAAGUUAUCCCAGAUUUGAAAAAAUACAAAUAAAAACCUGGUGCUGCCCCUAGUGGUUAGUGAAGUGUGGUGCUGUUGAUGCGUCCCUGUGAAGCGGUGUUGUUGGUUUUUAGGGGGGGGGGUGGGGGGGGGGAGCCUAUUAGAGGGGGAGGGGCCUUUUUGAGCACUGACUGUUUGGAAUCCUUUUUUGCAAACCAAAACUUUUGCUUUGUACUGCUCUCCAAACACCAAUAAAGAGGCAGUUUCUUCACAGCU